GUGACCAUCUUUCCACCAUAGAAAAGGACACGAAUGGAGAAGUUCUUUGGGUGUGGUGUUAUCCUUCCACAACAACUGCAUUAAGGAAUCUCCUCCUGAGAAAAUGCUGCCUUACUGAUGAAAACAAACUUCUCCAUCCCUUUGUCUUCGGUGACUCAUUUUUCUAUUGUUCUGACCGCCAAAGAUUUUAACCCAGAGAAAUAUGCUGCCUUCACUAGGAUAUUGUGUAGAAUGUACCUGAAACAUGGGAGCCCAGUUAAAAUGAUGGAGAGUUAUAUUGCAGUUCUCACAAAGGGAAUAUGCCAGAGUGAAGAAAAUGGCUCUUUCCUUAGCAAAGACUUUGAUUUCCGAAAGGCAUACCUUGCUGGCUCCAUCAGAGACAUUGUAUCUCAGUUUGGAAUGGAAACUGUUAUCUUACACACAGCACUGAUGCUAAAGAAAAGAAUUGUUGUCUAUCACCCCAAAAUAGAAGCUGUGCAGGAGUUUACCAGGACUCUGCCUGCCCUGGUGUGGCAUCGACAGGACUGGACCAUCCUUCAUUCUUACAUGCACCUCAAUGCUGAUGAGCUGGAGGCUCUGCAGUUGUGCACAGGUUACAUUGCUGGAUUUGUAGACCUGGAAGUGAGCAAUAGACCAGACCUCUAUGAUGUGUUUGUGAAUCUGGCAGAUAGUGAGAUUACCAUUGCUCCACUUGCAAAAGAGGCCAUGACAAUGGGUAAAUUGCACAAAGAAAUUGGUCAGCUAAUUGUUCAAUCUGCAGAAGAUCCAGAGAAGUCAGACAGCCAGGUUGUACAGGAUAUUGCCCUAAAAACAAGAGAAAUCUACACCAACCUAGCACUGUUUUCAGAAGUUUCAGAUGAUGGAGAAAAGCGUGUCCUUAAUUUGGAGGCACUAAAGCAAAAACGAUUUCCACCAGCAACAGAAAACUUCCUGUAUCAUCUAGCAGCAGCUGAACAAAUGCUGAAAAUCUGACUGUGUGACAGAAUGUGUCCCCCAUGAAUGAUUGCUAGAAAGCCUUCUUUCACUCUGAUUAUCCAUUAACUAUGUAAAAUACUGAAAACAACAAGAGAAAAUGUUAUAUUUUUAAUGAUUUAUUUGAAAGGAUUGAGAUUUGACCUGAAAAACACUGAAACACAUGAAAACACUUCUGUUUUUCUCCUAGCUGAUUAGUUUCCUGUCUGCUGUCAGUGUUGGACAAAGUGCUGUAACUACUAUGUAUAACGUUAUAAAAUGGCCUGAUGUCCUGGAGUAAAGGGAAAAAAAGCUCUAUCAAGUUCUCAUGCAAAUCAUGACAAAUGCAAAAGCCUUCAUUAUAAGUUCCAGUUUGUCUCAUUAUGUAGCCAGAAACUAGUGUGUUUUCUUUUUCUUUUUUUUGGAAAGCUGCCUGGAAUUUUGCUUUGUAUUCUUCUAGGAAGAAUUUAAUUCCUCCUGAGGAAUUCUACUUUCUGAGCCAAACUACUAAGUUUUCUGCCCAACUGUGUAGAAGAGCAUUCAAAAGACCCUGCAGUUGCACUUUCUUGCAAAAGAAAAAAAAUGUUUUUUCCCAGUCUUUGAACAUUUUGCCUGUGAGGACUUUACAUAGAUUUUAUACUUGAGUUGACAACUUUAAUAAUCCAUAUUUAUACUGUCGCAGAAGUAAGCAUUUGGCAAAUUUAAAGCUAUUAGUACUCCUCAACACUGUUGCUAGCAUUAUUCUUUUGAAGAUGCCAGUAUUUUUAUGGUAGAGUAAAAUCAGAGGCCCAUUUUGAAUAUAAAUGUAGGACUGAGACAGAGACUUUAUAUAAUUGCUAAGGAGUAUGAGAAUUAACUUCUUACAGGGGCCAAAACCAGAGAAA